UUAUCGUUUGAGAUUUUGAUCUCCACGGGUGGGUGCACAUUAUCCGAGGUAGAUAGGUUUUCCUCAGUUUCGUCACAGAGGAUCGUUCCUCGUAUAUACAGUGACAAAACGCUCCUCAGCCAAUACGUGUUUGAGCGCAGCCCGAACAGCUGCGGCACACGUUUUCUCGCCGUUUUGUGUGACAAAGUUAUAUUUUGUGUUUAUCACGAAUUAAAAGGAUCACAUAAAAUGUUGGAGAAUGAGACAAAAGAUGCUGAAAGUCAGAAGGAUGUAGACCCGAUGACCAAGGCUAUAGGAGCAAUCGGAAAAUGGCAAUUAUGGAUAUGUUUCGUCGUAUUCCUCGUCAAAUUCCCCGUUGCCUGGCAUCAAAUGAGUAUUAUAUUCCUUGCACCUCCAAUGGGCUACACUUGCUCUAAUAAUGAUACAUUUGACAACCAAUGUUUCGCUAAUUGCACCAAAUACAAAUACGACCACAGUGUAUUUGGUGACACAAUCAUAUCACAAUGGGAUCUUAUCUGCGACAGAGCGUGGCUUAAAAACCUUACACAAACGAUAUUUAUGCUUGGAAUUCUUGUUGGCAAUAUGGUGUUCGGACAUCUUUCCGACAGGUUUGGGAGACGAAAUCCUUUUUUGGCAGCCGUAUUUCUCCAGCUCUUAGCUGGAGUAACAACAGCUUAUUCAGUGAAUUGGUACAUGUUCACUUCGCUACGAUUUUUACUGGCUGUCGCUACUGGCGGGACGAUGGUCACAAGUUUCGUUCUCACGAUGGAAUUAAUUGGCACAAAGUAUAGAGAUAUGAUUGGCAUAAUUUAUCAAAUACCAUUUAACCUCGGACAUUUAACGCUGCCUCUGUUCGGAUACUUUUUAAGAAACUGGAACACGUUUCAACUAGCUAUAUCACUGCCUUCUAUAUUGUUUCUAAGUUAUUAUUUUUUACUUCCCGAAUCGCCAAGAUGGCUAAUGACCGCUGGAAGAGUUGAUGAUGCACUCAAAAUUCUGAAAACAGCAGCCAAAAGGAAUGGACGACCAACGGAAAAUAUAGAAUCUUCUAUCCAAAAGAUGGUUGUUGAAGUCAGUAGUGUUCAAGAACGUGCCUCUUUCCUUGCCCUGUUCCGAACACCAAGACUACGAGCACGCACAAUCGCCAUUUGUUUCAAUUGGUUCGUCUGUGGAUUUUGCUUCUUUGGCGUUUCGCAAUAUAUCGGACACGUCUCGGGAAACAUAUUCUCCAAUGUCGCGAUCUCUGCAGCUAUAUUGGUGCCGGGUACAAUUAUUUCAAUAUACGCUAACAAGAUCCUUGGAAGAAAGAUAACUCUUAUGAGCUCUAAUUGCGUCACUGGUCUUAGUUGUCUUCUUAUCACAGUCGUGCCAACGUCUACAGCCAGUCACUUGACCCUCGGUUGCGUCGGAUUAUGGGGCAUGAGUAUAUCAUUUGCAACUGUUUAUUUAUACGCAGGAGAAUUGUUCCCAACUGUUGUUAGGAAUUCAGGAGUUGGUCUCUCGUCCACUGUCGCUAGAGUGGGGUCUAUGGUGGCUCCGUUUGUGGCUACCUUGGCCCAUACAAGUGCUUGGUUGCCUCCGCUGGCAUUCGGUAUCGUACCACUCAUCGGAGCAUGUCUUUGUAUUAUAUUACCAGACACGCGUGGAAAGAAACUACCGGAUACGUUAGAAGAAGGUGAAGCAUAAACAUCUUACGUUGAGUUGACUGACCAAUUACAUAGAUAUUCUGGUUUUGGCUAUUGUAUAGUUGUAUAACAAAAUAAAGUAUUUAAAGUAAAUGUUUUAAGGAUAAGUUCUCAAAAAUACAUAUCAAAAGCGUUGAAGAUGCAUUAUGGUGUUCAAUAAUAUCGUUUUUUUUUGUACCAGAAGUUGUUUAUUAUUGUUUUAAAUAAGUCCAUUGAAAUGUUAUAUCAAUGUCUAUACAAAUAGGCUGUGAUAAUUAGUGUUAAAUGU